UUUUAUCAGUGUAAGUAUGAAAUGGUGUAUCACGGGAAUGAGGUGAUCCGCUCUGCAAAUCUUGCCUCAACCAUCUUCACUCCGAUUCCGAUAUACUUUCUCUCUCUAAACUACACCAGACUGCAAUUCAGAAACGGCGUAGAAGAUUCUGUUUCAUUCAGAAUUGCAGGUAAUCAAGUCAAAAAAAUGUCUCACAAUCAUCCACCACACAGCGGCUAUGGCAAUAUUCCGGUGAGCGAAGUGUACUGGAAUCUGGUGUCCAAGGCCGAUAAAAAGUUUUCUAAGAUCCGCGAUUUGCCUUACUAUCAACGCACCAGAUAUGAUACGUACUUCUAUAAAGUUUUUAAGGUCUACACUCAGCUCUGGAAGUUCCAGCAAGAGAAUCGGCAGAAGUUGGUGGAGGCUGGGAUUAAGAGAUGGGAGAUUGGGGAGAUUGCCUCUCGGAUUGGCCAGCUUUAUUUCGGACAGUAUAUGAGGACUGGUGAGGCCAAUUAUUUGGCAGAAUCCUACAUAUUUUACGAGGCUAUUUUGACCAGGGAGUACUUCAAGGAUGGGCUGUAUCAAGAUGUCAGUCUUGCUAGUAAGCAGUUGAGGUUCUUUGCUCGUUUUCUGACAGUUUGUUUGGUCUCGAAUCGCCGAGAGAUGGUGUAUCAGUUGGUAAAUCAGCUUAAAAUGUUGCUUGACGAGUGCAGAAGGACCUUCCAGGAAACUGACUUUAAAGAAUGGAAGAUUGUCAUUCAGGAGAUAAUGAAAUUCCUGAAAGCUGACACAGCUUUUAUGAAUCUCAGGCCUUUGAGAUACAGUGUUGUAUUGGACCUUCACCCAGAUUGUCUCCCACAUGUUACAGAUGUGAAGAGAAAACUAAGGCUAAAAGAUGCGUUAGUAUGCAGUUACCAUCCUAAUGAGGUCAAAUUUGCAGAACUCACACUCGACACCUUUAGGAUGCUACAAAAUUUGGAGUGGGAACCCAGUGGCUCAUUUUAUCAAGCAAACUUGGCUACCUCCACUGGGCUUGGAUCUGGUGCUGGCCAAAAUGGGGCAUCAGGGCCUAGUCGUGUCAAUCAGGAUAUUACUGAUCCAACUUUGCCGCCUAACCCAAGGAAAGCUAUCCUAUUUCGUCCAUCUGUCACCCAUUUCAUGGCGGUCUUAGGGACAGUCUGCGAGGAGCUUCCUUCUGAUGGAAUACUCCUAAUAUACCUUUCAGCUUCAGGAAAUAGCUCACAUGUAAUUUCAUCUCCAACUCGGGCAGGAAGUUCUAUUGGUUACACUGAAAGCUUAGUGAGGGGCAUUCAGUAUCAUUCAAUCAAUUCUGACUCCACUCCAACUAGUACUGGAAGUGAUAGUGCGGAGUCUGCGGACCAUUCUGGGUAUGCUGCUGAUUGCCUACAUAUUGGACCUCAUGGACCUGGAGGAGGUAUGAACUGCAUAUAUCCCUCGGACAUAUUGCCCUUCACCAGAAGGCCCCUUUUUCUAAUUGUUGACAGUGAUAAUAGUAAACCAUUCAAGGCUAUGAGUGGUGCAGAAAAAGGAGAACGUGCUGCUAUUCUACUUUCUCCAGUAACAUCACCUACUGUAGAAUCAUCUCAGCGAUCUAGUGGUAGCUUGUUCACCAGUUUUCUCACAACUCCUAUACAGACAUUUGCCCUGUUGGUUGGGUUUUCUGGCUACGAUGUUGAAAAGGACCUGGCUAACAGAGGAGAGCAAUUGCUCCAGUCCUCAAUAAAUAAAUUGGGAUCAUUAUUGGCUGCGGCUGAUAGUCUUGAUCCUGUCUGGGCUCAAAUUUUAACUGAUCCAUUCUUGAGGCGACUCCUUUUGAGAUUUAUUUUCUGUCGAGCAGUAUUGUCACUCUUCGCUCCAUCCAUGGAUAAGAUAGGGUGUUUGCCAGAGUGUAUGCCAUGUCUUCCAGAAGUCAUGUCACCAAUGGGUUCCGCAUGCCAAGAAGUGGUCUUAAAAGUUGCCAACUUGUUCGGAGUAACCAACAAGUUUAUAUUGUCCAAGGGAACAUUGCCCGCUGAUGAUUCAACCGAGAAGACCGGAAGCACGUAGGCCCUUCCUUUUAUCUGAUUGUUUCUGAUGAUCCGUCCUUGUGUUUCACUGUCCAUUCUGGGUUGGCUUCUAAGACUGAUGUUCGGUAUUAGCAUCUAUCUGGGAGCAGAGAAUGAAGGUGUUAUAUCUGGUUACACAUAGAAGAACAAGAUAGUAGUCAAUAUAUCCUGUGUUGUUUCAUUGUUGUCAUCAUCUUACACAAUUGUCUCCAUCUCGUGUUUGGCUUGAAAUUUGGUAAUAGUCACAUUUUCAAGUGAUUUGAUACUUGGAUUCGGAAUGGAAAAUGAAACCAAUUUGUGUUUAUACCAAAAA